AACAUACUGCUGCCAGCAAUCAUCAUCUCCACCACCCAAAGCAGUCAUAACAUCACCACGAUCAUCAUCAGUGUCGUCAUCUUCAUCAUUAUACUCGUCAUCAUCAUCAUCAUCCUCCUCCUCAUCAACAAGGAGCGAAUCCAGCGGCCAGCACCUUCAGUAAGCUGUCAGUGGAUGCGCGCUGUAGAUGAAGCAUGGCAGGGGACGACGAAACAAAGCCGGAUGACCAAACCGCAAAUGAUCAGAACAAUCGGCAACCUUUUCUAAUCGGUGUCGCUGGAGGAACUGCCAGUGGCAAGUCGUCGGUGUGCAGUAAGAUCAUGGAGCUUCUUGGGCAGAACAAGAUCGACCACCACCAUAGGCAGGUGGUGAUCCUCAGCCUGGACAGCUUCUACAGGGUGCUCUCCCCUGAGCAGAAAGCCAGAGCUCUGAAGGGACAGUUCAACUUCGACCAUCCAGAUGCGUUCGAUAAUGACCUCAUCAUCUCCACCUUGUGGGACAUCUUGGAGGGCAAAAUAGUGCAGCUUCCAGUGUACGACUUUGUCAUCCAUUCCAGGAAAGAGGAGACUGUGACGGUGUACCCAGCAGAUGUGGUGCUUUGUGAGGGCAUUCUAAUGUUCUAUGCUCAGGAGAUCCGGGACAUGUUCCAAAUGAAGCUGUUCGUCGACACAGACGCCGAUACCAGACUGUCACGCCGAGUGCUUCGGGAUAUCUGUGAACGAGGACGGGACUUGGAGAGCGUACUCAGCCAGUACAUCAUGUUCGUCAAACCUGCUUUUGAGGAGUUCUGCCUACCGACCAAGAAAUACGCUGACGUCAUCAUACCCAGAGGCGCAGACAACCUCGUUGCCAUAAACCUAAUAGUUCAACACAUCCAGGACAUCCUCAAUGGGGGUUUAAACAAGAAGAACAAUGGCUGCCUGGAGGACUAUGAAUUGACUCAGAACCUGCAAAACACUGAGCCCAGCAGUCGCCCCCAUUGACCACAAUGCAUUCUUCGACAGGAAGGGCUUGAUGCAAAAUAAAGAACCUCUUUUGCUAUGGUCCCUUUCUUGCCUGACUAAGGACGAUGAAAAAGGGAACACGCGUCUUAUUUUGAUAUUAUUUUCUGAACUACCUUAUGUGACUGCCUUGAAUGGUUGAGCCGAGACAUAAAAUAGUCUUGGUCUAAGACUGGGCUCAACCACUUUAUAGUAAUAGUCUUGCUCUCAAAGCGUAACAAGUGUUGGCCAGUGAUCCUAAAAUUUCUAAGGAAAACGCAAUGUAGUUUAGUGCUGUCUGAAUUUCAGGGCUUUAUGAGAUGAAGAUCUGCAAAUAAUUAUCAAUGCAAGCUUACUAAGCACAGGACAGCUCUUAAAUGUUUUGAAAUUCAGUUGUGUCUAUUUGUUAUUUAACAUCCUACAAAGAAUUCACACUUCAAAUGCAUCAUGUUUAGUAUCAUGAUAAAACACCAAAGAAAAAACAUGAAUCACCAAUUUUGUCAUGAAUUUAAAUACUUUGAUUAACAUUAUUUAUGGUGAUA